AUGCCUGAUAGAAACAGGGAUAGUUUCCGGCCAGACAUGCCGGCGUACUUUGGGGGCGCCAUGAUGCCGAGUCGAUCAAACCAAACAGCGCUGGGACUGCGCACGAAAUCCGGGGAACUGGGUGGAGCGCAACUUGAGCCGUCCCAGAGGGGGGCACACCCACGGGGAAAGAUUGGAAGCGUCUUAGCCCUCCACAUCUCAGCGGAUUCACCCAUGGGUAUGGACCUGCGACUGACAUCACAGGCCAGUGGUGCGAAUGGGCAACCGCCAACUGUCCACGACAGGAUCUUCGGUGAGCAGCACGAUGGUUUCGGGGCAGGUUGCGCGAUGAUGCCACGGCCGCGGGUAGGCUUGAACACGGCUGGAGAUCGCCACCGGGAACGGUCGCCAAUCGACGGUGCCACCGAAGCUUUCCCGACCUCCCGCGGCAUUCGGUCCAGUGGCGGAGGGGGUGGAGAUGAUGGUGGGUGGUGGUGUGGUACUGCUGCUGGUCGUAGUCGUUUGUGUGUGGACGAACCGAACCUAUCGGCCACAGCGGAAUUCCUAGGCAUCACCAUACGCUGGCAGAGAAGCAUUGGUAUGCUGAGCAUAACAGGACCGAAGUGCGAGUGGAACCUUCGCCACUUUUUGCACAAUGCGCUCGCUGCUUGA